AUGGCUCGUCACGGAAUUGUCGCUCUUCUAGCGGCUACUCUUCUUGGUGUUGGUGUCAACGCUGGUCCUUGCAAGCCUUACUCCUCGGAUGCUUUGUCUUCGAUCGUCACACUUGAGCCGACUACUACAGGACUCUCGACAAUUACUGCCGACAUCACUGAUACCACCGACGGGCUUCAAACGACGGUCACCGAGGCUGCCACUGAUGUGACCGACACCACCGAUGUUCUCGAGACCACCGUCAACGAAUCGGCAACCGAGACUACCGGGGAAUUGGAGACAACUGCCACUGUGGUUACCACUACUGCUGGUACUACAGAUCUUCUCGAGACCACCAUCACUGAAACCGCGGCCGAAACCCCUGCGACCUUGGAGACAACUGCAACCGAAACAAUUGCUUCUGGCACUACGGAAGGUAUUGAAACUUCAACCACCGAGAUUGCGAUCGAUACAAGCACUGCCACACUCGAGCCAAUAACAACUACCACGGCUGAGCUUGCCUGUGUCCCGACCCAGAUCCUUGUCAACAGCGGCUUCGACGAUAAUAACGAUGGUUCCCCUUGGACACUGGGUUCAGGCAUCUCCGUUAGUCAGCUGAACCCUCGCACCGUCCCGAACUCCCUUUACAUCGUCCUCGACUCAGGCCUCACUUCUACGUCUAUCUCCCAGGAGCUUCCCGCCCUGGGUCCUUUUAUGUACAAGCUGAGAUAUUACUCUUCCCAGGAGACUGGUACUCAAGGAAGCGGUUAUACCUGCACGGUUACGCUCAAGGUUAACGAGCAACUCCUGGCCCCGGGCCGGACAAUAUCGGACGGCACCCCUACUGGAAUGAGACCCUCUGAGCAGUUCUUUAUCGCGGAUGAUCAGAGCUCACCUGUCACGCUAUCUCUCGACAUUGUGUGCCAAGGUAGCUUUUCCGUUGUCAACAUCGGUAUGGACGACUUUACUGUGACCCGCUUUCAGGGCCAAAAGCUAGGAUAUGGCAAAGGUCAUGUGUGA